UGGGUGUUGUCCGAUGACCAAUAGAAACAAAGAAGGAAAUUCAGCGCCGAAAUCAAAACAAAACAUUUUUAAAACUUAAAAGGACAUGGAGAAAACCAAAGAAUCUUACAUUCUUCGACUUGAGAAAUGGAAGGAGGAAAAACAGAAACAAAAGGAGAACAGACAGAAGACUCUUCAAAACAGAUUGCCUGGAAAGAAGGAGCUCCCAGUGAAGAGGACAGGGCAUACAGUCAGCCAACCUCUCACAGAUAAAAGAAAAAGUGGGGUCGAGCCUUUAUCGGAAAAGAAGGAUGUAAAAAAAGUAACUGGAAGGAAAAAUUCAGACAGUACGAAGGUCUUGAUGGAGAAACUUGCCAAAUGGAAGGCAGAAAAAGGAAGAAGUGAUGUAAAACCGUCUACCAAGAAGCCAGUUGUAGGUAGCCAUAUGGGAGAUGCUGAGGGGAAAUCUGACAGGAAACUAGUGCAGGUGAAGUCUCGCCUGUUUGACUACCAGAACAAACAGAGGCUGGCCACAACGUCCACCGAAGAGGGCCACAGAACAGCAGUGACCAGUAAGGAUUGCCUCCCAUGGAAGGCAAGGGCCACAGAACAUACGGGUUCGAAUGAAGGGAAACUGACUGAGAGGAACAAGAGGAAGGCCUCUGAUACACUACAGAAUGCCAACAAGAGAAGACACUCAGAGGCUCCCAAGAUACUGAAGCCGGUAAAACCUGGAAUUCUUAAAAGGAAGUCAUGUAUAGGGUCAUUUGAUUUCACUGACGAUGCGGAGAAGAAAUCUGCAGCAAAAAACGUGCAGGAGUUGGAAGAAGACCCCUCCUCUAUUCGGAGAUUGUCCUACACAGUAACACCUGCCAAAGAUAAUGUUGUUGAGGAGGAGUUGCCUGGUACAGAGGAUCAGCUUUCCCCAGUUAUCCCGGAAGUCCACUCUCGCAAUGUACGUUUCCAAACACCACCUAACAGUACUUCAGUUGAGGAUUCUGUGAAGCAUCGGAAGACGCCAGGAGUUGUUACAGAUAAACGGGAGGCACUCAAUCACUGGUUGAAGUCAAAGAACCGCACCCCCAGUAAGUUCCGUCACCUGAUGUGUUUCCAUGGAGACCAAGGUCAUGAGGAGAAAACGAGUGAUCCACUCACAAAGUCUAGCCUGUCUGUGGAGGAGCUUGCAGCGCAGAUGGAUGUGAUGGCCCGUGAGAAACAGAUGGCUGAGAUGACGGCACAGAUGAACUCCAUGUUGGAUGAGUGCAUGGUCCUUUUUGAUGCCGGCUGUCCUCCGGAAGGCAUCAUUCCUUGGCUGAACGACAUAUAUCAGAAGAUCCCUAUGGCCAAGACGUCGGCGCGCUACUACGUGUGCAAGGCCACCGUGAUCAAACACAGCCUUGAUCUGGAUGCAGUGCUUGAAGUGUUUGCUGACGCUACAAUCAAUAAUGCACAGCCCAAGGAAGACAUCGCCCAGUGCCUCACAACGACCUUGAAAUACGUGACAGAGGCCAAGGUCAAGGAGGCGGCCAGGAAAGGUCGGUCCAGGCGAAGGUCACAGGUGCAGGAGGAGAACGUGUUUGAGUCCUCGAAGGUUGUGUACACUGUGUCAGAGGUGACGCCAUUCUCAGAGGGCAAGCGCCGCCACAAGCCUGAGUGCCCCACCCCCUGCCAGGCCGUGACCCCGGUACGCAGAUCAACUCGUCGCAGUCUUCAAAACGUGCCAGACUCUCUGAAGGACAAGAAGGCAAACUUUUCCAGCCUCGAAGAAAUUGAUAACGCAGACAAUUUUAUUUUCCAGCCAAACCUUGCUUUGGCAACCAUUCUGGCUUCGAACGACAUAGAUGAAUAAACAUCUUACCAUCAGUGUCAGUAGUGUAUAAUAUAGAGUGUUAGCCUGAGUAGUCACAGUUCCUUUAAAUAAAAUCUGAGAUGCUUGUACAUAUAUGUGGAUUUGAGCUGCUCUCUGGAAAAACAGGGCUUAAUACAGAGCAAGCAUAACAUACAGCAAGGCUCAUGUAACAUGUAAGUGUGCUACUGGAACUGAUUCUCAUUUUGUUGAAAGGGUAUUAAGCAAUAGUUUUAUUCUAUGAAGGUAGGAAAUGUGUCAAUGUUAUAUUUUAGUUUUAUCAAUUAAAUACAUUUACGGAAAAAAAUGACAAUGAAAUAUGGAUAUUUAUUUAAGAUAUGCAUGUAGCAAUGAUUAUAUUUUUUUGCCGACAUGUUAUUAGUUAUUUUUAUGUCCCCCACUAUAGUAGUGGGGGAAUUAUUGUUUUUGCCCUGUCUGUUGGUUGGUUGGUUGGUCUGUUGGUUGGUUGGUUGGUCUGUUUGCGCCAACUUUAACAUUUUGCAAUAACUUUUGCUUUAUUGAAUAUAGCAACUUGAUAUUUGGUAUGCAUGUGUAUCUCAUGGAGCUGCACAUUUUGAGUGGUGAAAGGUCAAGGCCAAGGUCAUCCUUCAAGGUCAGAGGUCAAAUAUAUGUGGCCAAAAUCCCUCAUUUUAUAAAUACUUUUGCAAUAUUGAAGAUAGCAACUUGAUAUUUGGCAUGCAUGUGUAUCUCAUGAAGCUGCACAUUUUGAGUGGUGAAAGGUCAAGGUCAAGGUCAUCCUUCAAGGUCAGAGGUCACAUAUAUGUGGCCAAAAUCGCUCAUUUUAUGAAUACUUUUGCAAUAUUGAAGAUAGCAACUUGAUAUUUGGCAUGCAUGUGUAUAUCAUGGAGCUGCACAUUUUGAGUGGUGAAAGGUCAGAGGUCAAAUAUAUGUGGUCCAAAUUGCUUAUUUUAUAAAUACUUUUGCAAUAUUGAAGAUAGCAACUUGAUAUUUGGCAUGCAUGUGCAUCUCAUGAAGCUGCACAUUUUGAGUGGUGAAAGGUCAAGGUCAAGGUCAUCCUUCAAGGUCAGAGGUCAAAUAUAUGUGGCCCAAAUCGCUUAUUUUAUGAAUACUUUUGCAAUAUUGAAUAUAGCAACUUGAUAUUUGGCAUGCAUGUGUAUCUCAUGGAGCUGCACAUUUUGAGUGGUGAAAGGUCAAGGUCAUCCUUCACAAGGUCAAGGUCAUCCUUCAAAGUCAAAUGUCAUAUAGGGGGACAUUGUGUUUCACAAACGCAUCUUGUUGAAAAUGGUUUUAAGCUGAUCAAUUAAAUGAAUUUAAAGGGAAAAAUGAUAAUGAAAUAUGGCUACCGGUUUCACCGCAGGGACUUAUGGUUUUUUGUCUCC